CUUUCGAAUAUUUCCGUCGCUCGUUGAUAUUUCAUCCCGAUGAAGUAUCGGAAGGAGGAGGAGGAGGAAGAAAUAUCUUCGAUCGAGAAUUGAGAGAGGAAUAAUGAAGAGAGGGACAAAGUGUGUCGCGCAGACCAUCAACUUGUCCAAUCCGGAAACAUGCAUAAGACCGAAGAGGAUUCAGAAGCUCGUUUCAGCGGACACGAUGCAACCCUGCCCGACCAUGACCGGCCCGGCCUCGUCUUAUUGGACGCCCAAACCGGUGGCCAUUAGAAUCUGCACGAGGAAGGAUAUGCAAAGAACUUGUCCGCCCAAGGUGUGCGAUUGCCAGCCCAAAAAGAGGAGGACGUUCGGGCAAAAGUUCUGCACAAUUCUUCUCUUCUUUCUGAAGAGCAGCAUCGCGGCCGGCCUCGUUUAUUGGACGCGUUCCGAGGGUUUGUGGGGGAACAGCGCCGAUGUCGAGGACCUGUAUCGAAGGAUAAUGGCGACGAUCUCGCCCUCGAACGACUUCGAGGAUUACUGCAGAACCGAAAGAGAGGAUAUCGAGUUGCCUCGCUUCAAUCAGAUCAAGUACAGGUUGAUAAAGAAGUACAAUCAGACCGUGUUCACCGUGAUGAAUUGUAUCCUGAACGCGUCUACCGCGUUGCGGAACCAGCUUCAAAGACUCAUGGUUCCGGGAACGGACAAAUCCGACGAGGAGGAAGACGCGGAAGAGGGAAAGAAAGUUUGACACUUGCUCUCAUCGAAACACAAAUCCUGUGCGUCCUAUCGUUCUUCCACUCGUCUUGUAACAUUAAAAGAGAGAAAGAAAGAAAG